GGCCCGCGGGGCGCGGAGCCGAGGCCCGCGGCCGGCCGCAUGAAGGACUGCGAGUACCAGCAGAUCAGCCCCGGGGCCGCCCCGCCGCCCGCCUCCCCCGGGCCGCGCCGCCCCGGGCCCGCCGCGCCCCCCGCUCCGAGCCCCGGGCCCGCGCCCGGAGCACCGCGCUGGAGCGGCAGCGGCAGCGGCAGCGGCAGCGGGAGCCUGGGCCGCCGGCCUCGGCGUAAGUGGGAGGUGUUCCCCGGCCGCAACCGCUUCUACUGCGGCGGCCGCCUCAUGCUGGCCGGCCACGGCGGCGUCUUCGCGCUCACGCUGCUGCUCAUCCUCAGCACCACCGUCCUCUUCUUCGUCUCCGACUGUCCCUACCUGGCCAGCAAACUGACCCUGGCCAUCCCCAUCAUUGCUGCCAUCCUCUUCUUCUUCGUCAUGAGCUGCCUCCUGCAGACCAGUUUUACUGACCCUGGCAUCCUACCCCGGGCUACCACCUGUGAAGCAGCUGCCCUGGAGAAGCAGAUCGACAACACAGGCAGCUCCACAUACCGCCCGCCUCCUCGGACCCGCGAGGUGAUGAUCAAUGGACAGAUGGUGAAGCUGAAGUACUGCUUCACCUGUAAGAUGUUUCGGCCACCCAGGACCUCACACUGCAGUGUCUGCGACAACUGCGUAGAGCGGUUUGACCAUCACUGCCCCUGGGUGGGCAACUGUGUCGGGAGACGGAACUACCGCUUCUUUUAUGCGUUUAUCCUCUCCCUCUCCUUCCUGACGGCCUUCAUCUUUGCCUGCGUGGUCACCCACCUGACUCUGCGCUCUCAAGAAAGCAACUUCCUCUCCACUCUGAAAGAGAAACCAGCAAGUGUGCUGGAGUUGGUCAUCUGCUUCUUCUCAAUCUGGUCCAUCCUGGGCCUCUCAGGGUUCCACACUUACCUCGUCGCCUCCAACCUGACAACUAACGAAGACAUCAAAGGGUCCUGGUCCAGCAAGAGGGGCGGUGAGGCCUCUGUUAACCCCUACAGCCAUAAAAGUAUUAUCACCAACUGCUGUGCCGUGCUCUGCGGCCCCCUACCUCCCAGCCUGAUUGACCGGCGGGGAUUCGUGCAGUCUGAUGCUGUGUUGCCCUCGCCCAUCAGAAGUGACGAGCCAGCCUGUGGGGCCAAGCCAGAUGCCAGCAUGUAUGUGCGGGGGCUGAAGGAGCUCCUGCGGACCGCUACUCUCUGCCUCUCCAGGAGUGGCCUGGGGGGAGCCAGGCACCCUGCACCUCCACCUGCCUAACCUGUGGCCCAUCUGCCACCAUCUGUGCCUACAGGGUCUGUCCCCCAGCCUGUCCUACUGUGUGCUCUCUAGAGACGCCCACAGUGGGCAGGUGCCGACCUCUUGGCCCCGCCCCCGCCCCUUGCUGGCCAGAGUAUAUAAUAAGCCAUACUGCAGCCUCAGCACAACAGACACUGCUGUGACCUGCUGAACCUCCC